AUGCCCUUAGAAGACCGACACUACAAGACAACAGGAGAUUGUUCUGGCUUUGAACCCACGAGUGUCACAGUUUGGGAUGUAGAUGUCACGAUCGGACUGGAAAAUGGUGAGUUCGAGACCUCGCAGGACAGUGUUGAGCAGCUUGCGACAUGGAGCCUGACCUAUGAGAUGGAUGAUAUCAAUUUACACUACAGAUUCUUGAACUGGCGGCGCAGGAUCAGAGAAAUCAGGGAAGUCCGUGCUGUUCGUUAUCAAGAGCGAUACAAACGAAUGUUGAAGAAUGGAGACACGCUAAGUUACCAAGGGAACUCUGAUGAAGUUGGCUGCUACGUGGCUCCACGCCCCUUAUCAAAGGGAAACUGUUACUUCGAGGUGACCAUUAUGGAUACUGGGGUGAGAGGGACGAUUGCUGUUGGGCUGGUUCCCCAGUAUUACAAACUUGACCAUCAGCCUGGCUGGCUUCCACAUUCAAUAGCUUACCAUGCCGAUGAUGGAAAGCUGUACAACGGCAACCCCGUCGGUCAGCAGUUUGGUCCUAAAUGUAACCGUGGUGACCGAAUCGGUUGCGGUAUCUAUGCAGACACUUUCGAUGCCGGACUCGUCACUGUGUUUUUUACAAAGAAUGGCAAGGAAGUGGGGUCAGUGGUGGUGCCGGUGGCUCCAGAUGGGCUUUUCCCUGCCAUUGGCAUGCACUCCCUCGGCGAGGAGGUACGGUUGGACCUGCAGGCAGAAUGGGGUUCGGAGGAGGAGGACAGCGUCAUGAUGGUGGACAGCCAUGAGGAUGAAUGGGCACGCCUGUAUGAUGUCAGAGUCAGCGGCACGGUGAGUGGGGGAUGGCCAUCGAAAACCAAACCAAAUCUUCUGGAAUAUGUCGGGAAAGGGAAGAGCAUCAUGGACGUUGGUCUGGCUCAGGCCCGACAGCCCCUCACGACACGAAGUCACUACUUUGAAGUGGAGAUUGUGGAUCCCGGAGAGAAGUGCUACAUCGCCCUGGGUCUGGCAAGAAGAGAUUACCCAAAGAACAGGCAUCCAGGAUGGAGUCGAGGUUCUGUUGCAUAUCACGCAGAUGACGGGAAGAUCUUCCAUGGAAGUGGAGUAGGAGACCAGUUUGGCCCUCGCUGUUUUGAAGGUGACAUCAUGGGCUGUGGAAUAAUGUUUCCUCGGGACUAUGUGCUGGACCAUGAAGAUGAAAUGGACGACUGGGAUGCUGCUGAUGUACGACCAAAGCAGGGGCGUGUCGAAAAUUUACUAUAUUUGAACGAUGAAGACGAGGAAGAGGGAGAUGAUCCAGAACAAGAACAUGAGGGCCAAAAGGUUAUGGUGUUCUUCACCCGGAACGGCAAGAUUAUCGGCAGGAGGGAAGUGGUUGUCCCGGCCGGAGGGUUUUACCCCACUAUCGGGAUGCUCAGCAGCGGAGAAAAGGUGAAGGUGGACCUCCAUCCUCUCAGCGGAUAAUAAACGAGGAACUCCACAUCUCCAAUCCACAAGCGGAUGGAAAAGACCCAAAAAUUUAUGCUGAGAUUCCUCUCGUCUUUUUGACAUUUCAAGGCACUUCAAAAUGCAAGUUUAACACGUCUAACACUCCAGUGCAUGUUUCAUCUACAGCGAUCACCUCAGCUUCAAACCACAUAUAGAGGGGUUUGUGGCAUCAAAUGGUUAAUAUUGGGCCUCAAAAGAACUGUUGACCGAAAAAAAGAUACAUUUUGUUUAUUGAAAAUGCGUAGAAAAUAUUAAAUUAUAUAUUUUUUAUGUACAUAUGUAAAUUUACGUAUUGGCUGCUACACAAACAUUUAUUUAGCAAAAUCAAUCAUGAUAUUAAUAAACAACUAGACACCCUAGAGAAACAAAGAUAUGGCAUGAGGGUGUUAAUAAUUAUUAAUAAAUGAUAAAUACAUAUAAUAAUGUUAAAAAUAACUUCAGCGUUUUCCACAAGCACUCCCUCUCACAAAUGACUUGUGAAGGUGAUGAAAGCAUAUUAUGGUUAUUUUUCUUAUUGUGAUUCGUGCCAUUUUUCGCUAUUAUUUCUAUCUGAAAAUGAGCGGUUGAGGGGGAAGGUGUUUGCCAGUGGAUAGCAUGGAGUAAUUGCUAAUUGUGACGUCAGCGGAGGCGAGUUGUAUUGUCUCCUGUUGUGUAUCAUACACUCUCAUCCGUCAUCAGGAAACGCAUGAUGAGAGAGCAACACACCGAAUCGGCUACUUCAUGUUUAUUUGUUCAUGAAUGCAUCUUAAACCAGUUAUGCUUAUUUAGUUCAGGCUUUUCUGUGAAUGUAGAUUUUUUACAUCAGCUUGUGGACAUUUUAUCAGAUAUUUCAGGGCAGACGCCACAUUGGAGUCGGAAAACAUGGAGCUGUUUAUUCAGGAAUUGUCCACUGUAAUGUGAGCUAGUCUGGUUCACAAAUGCUACAAGCACUUUAGAGACGCCUCAACUUAAGCUGAUAGUCCGAUGGGCGAGCGGCUGUGAUGCUGCGCUCUAGACUUCUCAACAGAUGCCAUUUUGCACACCUCGCUGUUGCAAUAAUGCCCUUCCUCUUCUGUCCUGUUACAUAUCACAUAUUACAUAUUUUGCCAAAUUUAAUGUCGAAUUUUGUCCCUUUCAAUAUAUUUUCUCCUCCAACACGUUUUAUAAACAAAGUUUGAAUUAUAUUAUUUUUUUCUCUAUAUUGCCAUAAUUUAGUUUCUUAAGUUAAAUCCUAGUUGAAUCUCAGGAUGUUGGUUAUGUUCAGAAUGAGAUACUAGCUUACUGCAUACUGCACAGUGUAUACUGUAUGUCUACAUUUUUUUAAGAAUUUGAGAAAGUGCAAAAUAUUGGAAGCUUGUUUUGGCCAUGGGAUUUAAAAAAAAAGGUCAUUGACUUUUUAUCUAACAAUUCAGACUUUUUUCUCGCAAAAAGUUUGUACCUUACAAUUCUUUCUUUUUUUUCUAUUGCGGAAUAGAAACUCACAAUUCAAUACAAUUCUAAAUUGUGAGAUAAAAAAGUUGGAAUUACCUCAUUAAUUUUUAAUUCUGUGGCAGGAGCAAAAAAAAAACUUAGUGAGAUGUAAUUGCAAACUUGGAAUUGUGAGGAAAAAAGUCUGAAUUGUGGGA